AUGUCGGGCCUUAUUCGGCCUGCAUUAGUGUGGAUGCCUGCGGCUGUAGUAGCAGCUGUGAAGGUUGUCGAAGUACACUCCACGCAGUCUCGAUAUGUCAGCAUUAUCUCUUCCUACAGGUCGCCCGUAGAACACGCUGUGAGGGAUCAGUUGUUGCCCCUGUUGGUGCAGAAAGCUCUCAGCUACUACUACCCAUAUCUCCGUGGUCGUCUACCGUCGCUUCUGGCUAGCCGAUUGUCGCAUAAGGCGGGGCAUAUAGACUCCCGUGUAAUCGAAUCGGCAUGCAGGGAGGCAUUUAUGGUAGCGGAUCAAGGAUUGGAAGAACAUGCACGAGAAGCUCAGAAGUUGGGAUUUUCCCAGCCUGUCAAGACCGGCGCAUGUGGGUUGGCAUUGCUCAUCACACAGACCAGUUUGGUGGUGGCGAAUGCUGGUGAUUGUAAAGCAGUCCUAUACAGAGAUCAGUGUCCUGCGUUGGCUCUGAACAUGCAGCACAACGCUAGUGAUGUACGAGAACAGAGACGGCUUGAACUGGAGCACCCUAAUGAGGACAAUGUUAUAAGGUGUAAGAAGGAGUGGCAUGAACCGGUUAUAGUAGCUUCAUGGUUGGGGUACCCAGUCGAGCUGGAAAGACUAGAGCAUGUCACGAAGUACUCGGGCUGCUAUGUGAAGGGAAGCUUACAGCCUACUCGAAGCUUUGGGGACUUCUAUUUGAAAGUAAUUUCGUCCCCGCGAUAUCUUAGAUCUGGGCAUUCACCUACUACCGCUGAGCCGCUGCAGCAUUCCUUCCCGUAUAUAACAAGCGAGCCAGAAGUGAUGGUUUAUCCGCGGCAUGAAGAUGAUAAGUUCAUAGUACUGGGCAGCGAUGGUCUGUGGGAUAAUGUCACUGAUGAAGAAGCUGUAGGGUUCGUAAGGCGACUACUCUUGCCAGAGGACAGUACCUGGAGUGCUAAUUCUGUUGCGGAGGCUCUGAUAGGGGAAGUGUUGAGUCGAGCAGCAAAGAGAAGCUCGAAGAGCUUGGCGGAGCUGCAAGCUCUACCACAAGGCAAUCAACGUCGAAGACUACAUGAUGAUAUUUCCGUUUGUAUAAUCGAUCUUCGCUCGACUGGCACUGGUGUGAGAAGCUGUUGCCUGGCGGCCUUCCAAGUUGGCAUGGCUAGCAUGCUAGUAGCACUAUGUGAUCUUGGUAGUCGACAGAAUGAUGUCGGCAACUCUCCUGAUACGACUAACUAG